GCAAUGUAGUAGUGCCUCUCUCAUUCCGAUUUCCACUUUUCAUUCUGCGGUAGCUCUCCGCCUGCCGAGAUUAUGCUCGCUUUCCACGAGAUUUUGACUGCUGCUGCUGAAGUUGGGGCAACUUAGCUCGUCAACAGCGCUGCUAAUAUUAGCGACGCCGGCUUUUUCCAGCGGCGUUGAGAGCAAUUUUCGACACUGUUGUCGAAGCAGCGAUGACGAUUUUAACAGCGUUGGGCAAUUUCCAGCGUCGGAGAUAUUUUAUCCCUCGGCGAUCUGCACCAGCGCUGGCGAGAUUCAGCAGCGUUGGCUAAUUUCAGCAGUGUCAGCGAUCUUUAACCGCGUUGGCGAUUUUCAGCCGCUAGAUGCAUUGUCGCGUCAGGGGUGAGCUCUGCCGUCAUUGCUGCUGCUGCUGUUGGAGGUGCAUUUCUUGACGACGUUUGCUGCAAGCGACGACGACGGCGACGAUGACAAGUGGCUUGAAGCCGGACGUCAACGUUUCAAGCCGGACAUCAACGUUUCAAGCCGGACGUCAACGUUUCAAGCCGGACGUCAACGUUUCAAGCCGGACGUCAACGUUUCAAGCCGGAAGUCAACGUUCAAGCCGGAAGUCAACGUUCAAGCCGGAAGUCAACGUUUCAAGCCGGAAGUCAACGUUUCAAGCCGGUCGUCAACGUUUCAAGCCGGACUCCACGUUUGAAGGUCGUCAGGCAGCUCGUCAAGGGUCGUCUGCCUCGACCUCCUCCGUUGCCACACGGAUUGCAAUGCAACCAACCAGCGAACCAGCGAACCAGCCAACCGGCCAACCUGGCGACCCUGUGGACCCUGGGCGCUGGUGGCAGCACGCAGUGACGCAUUGGCGCGCUGCUGGUGAUCGCCAGCAGCCCCUGCUUUCGUGUUGCCAGCUCUGCCAAGAUAUGGCUCAGCAGCCAGGCACGUGGGGGGGCAUGGGCGGGGGAGCAAGGGAAGGGAGGGAGCACUGCAGCGGGCAGCAAAGAGAGAGUAUGGGGUGGCGGGUUUGGCACACAAGCUCACUCGGUGACAUUUGGAAGCAGCAGCAGCAUCAGACACAGCCGCAGCAGCAGAAGCAGCAGCAGGGGGGGCUAGGUAGCUUAGUGUGAGAGAGGUACAAGGUAAGGUAAGGAAUGGCAUGGUAUUGCAUGGCAUGUUAUGGCAUGUGGUUGGUCAUGCUUCACAUCUCCUCCCUCCAUCUCCUCUCUCUGCCAGGCUUGCGCUCCACAGGCAAGGCAAAGGCACGGCUGCUCACAGCAGGAGAGAAGGAUUCCCCCUCCUCACCACCCCCUCUCCCUCUCCUCCCCUCCCAGCGCCAGGUGUGCUCCUGCAAGCAAAAGGAGAGGAGCACUCACAUCACAAGGAGAGGAUGGAAAAUGUGUGGCAUGGCAGUCGGUGCUCAAGUAACAAAGCAGGCGUUAAGGCAUAAUGGAACCGGCCAGACCCGUGCGCGCCGGCUCUGGUUGGGAGUCCCCUCUUGCUCCGUUAUGCGGCCGCCCGUGCAUUCUCCACUGCCACUGUUUGAAGGUGGGGGUUGGAGGUGCAAACUGUCUUGGAGCUGGUGCAAAGGAGGGCGUCUGCAAACUCCAAUGUAAGUUGGGUGGGGGCUAGAGGGAAAGGAGGGGCGCUGACACACCACCCUGGGCAAGUUGAGUGAAGGGCAACAGAGGGCGUCUGCAAACUCCAAUGUAAGUUGAGUGAGUGGAAGAGGAGAGGGGGUGGCUAAAAAUCCCCUGGUUAAGUUGACUGAAGGGCAACGGAGGGCGUCUGCAAUCUCCAAUGUAAGUUGAGUGAGUAGGAGAGGAGAGGGGGGGCCUGAAACCCCCCGGGGUAAGUUGAGUGAGAGGGAUGAGAGAAGAAGGGCUUGAAACACCGUGAGUGAGUUGAGGUGGGGCAAAGGAGGGGCGAUAACCCUUGGUAGGGUGAGCGCAAGGCAGGGGAGGGGAGUUGGAACCCCCAGGGUAAGGCUAGCGAGAGGCAGAGGGACCCCCCUCCUCUGCCUUUUACUCGCCUUAAAAGGGGGUUUUGAACCCCCCUCUCUUGCCUCUCACUCGCCUUACCUUGGGAGUUUCAGCCCCUCUCCUCUCUCUUGCUCUCGUGUUACCUUGAAGGCGUCACCUCCCCCUUCUGCUGCUCCUUCUCCUUACUCUCUCCUCCGCCCCUGCCUUACCCUUGAGGGGUUGAACCCCAAGGGUAAGGGGAGUGAUAAACGAUGAAGGGACUGGAUAACCAGGUUAAGAUGAGUGAGUGGAGGGGUAGGCGGCUGAAGCUUUUAAGUGGGUGAGUGAAAGAGAUGGGGGUUGAAAGUUGGAACCUCUAGGCCCCUAGGAUGGGUGAGUGGAUGGAAGGGAAGGGUUGAACCAAGAGCUCCACAUGAUAGGCAGCAAAUGAUGAUGCCCCACUUUCUGAAGUUCCAUGCCCCGAAGUAGAGGGUGAGACAAGGGAGGGGGUUACAGACCCCGAGUUAGAGGGUGAGGCAAGGGAGGGGGUUUCAGACCCCCAGUUAGAGGGUGAGGCAAGGGAGGGGGUUUCAGACCCCUAGUUGACAGGCAGUAUCAGGGAGGAAAUUUUGUAUCCCAAGUAACUGUGAGGUGAGGGAUGGGGUUUUACGCCCCUAGUUACAGUGUGAGGUAAGGGAUGGGGUUUCAGAACCCAGAUAGAGUAUAAGUUGAGUGGGAAGGGUGCUUUUCAAACUUCAACUCAGGUCCUGACUGUAAGUUGAGUGGGAAGGGUGGGCGUCAGACUUCAACUCAGACCCCGACUGUAAGUUGCGUGAGACGGGUGGGCUUCUGACUUCCCAACUCACACCCGACUGUAAGUUGAGUGGGAAGGGUGGCUUUCAGACUUCAACUCAGACCCCGACUGAAAGUUGCGUGAGAAGGGUGGGCUACUGACUUCCAACACACACCCCGACGGUAGGUUGGUUCCAUGGCAACUCGAGCUUUGACUUGGCUCCAUGGCAACUCGGGCUUUGAGUUGGCUCCAUGACAACUCGGGCUUUGAGUUGGCUCCAUGGCAACUCGGGCUUUGAGUUGGCUCCAUGGCAACUCGGGCUUUGAGUUGGCUCCAUGGCAACUCGGGCUUUGAGUUAGUUGGCUCCAUGGCAACUCGGGCUUGAGUGGACUCCAUGGCAAUUCGGGCUUUAAGUUGGCUCGAGCAGCUGGACGCCGUUGCCGGGUUUGGCGUAGCUCACACUCCACACCGCCAGCUGCCCUGUCUCCCGCCAAUCCUCGCCGUCGUCAGGCAGAUCCCCCACGCCGAUGUCAGCCACCUCUGCUCUGCACUGGAAAUGGAGGAGAAGAGGAUAACGGCAGUGUGACAACCCUAAGCCUCUUCCGUCACCGUUAUCUCUUCCGUCCCCCAAUGAUCACGACGACAGUGAGGGACGGAAGAGACAACGGCGACGGCCUCAGGACAGCCAAAGGCAGCUCGCACUUCUGCAUUUCGACUUCAUGAGGGGAGUAAGAGUGGAUCCCUGACGACGGUCGAAGAAUCAACAAUUUCUGAUUUCAUGCUACCUGAAAUUUGACAGCAGAAAUGGCUUUAGCGAAUGUAUUGUGCUUGUGCAUCACUGACAAUGUAUCUUCA